CCGGCUUCGCGGCGCCCUGAGAGCGAGCUGGUGUGCGGGAAGCCUCCUGUGAGCCACCUGUUUUCCCGGCUCCUGAGACAUCCUCCCACCUGCCUCAAGAAUUUAGGGAUGCCAGCGGGGAAGAAGGUGAUCGGAGGUGGCGGCAGUGGUGCUGCCCCCGCUGCCGCCGCCGCCCCCUCUGGGGUCAAACGUUUGGAGACCAGCGAAGGGGCCUCAGCCCAGAAAGAGGAGGAUCCAGAGGAGGAAGGGGAAGAGGACCUUCGCGACGGAGGCAUCCCCUUCUUUGUCAACCGGGAUGGGCUGCCUGUGGAUGAGGCUACCUGGGAAAGGAUGUGGAAGCACGUGGCCAAGAUCCACCCCGAUGGAGAGAAGGUGGCGCAACGGAUCCGUGGGGCCACGGACCUGCCCAAGAUUCCCAUACCGAGUGUGCCUACGUUCCAGCCGUCUACGCCUGUCCCCGAGCGCCUGGAAGCCGUGCAGCGCUACAUCAGGGAGCUGCAGUACAAUCACACAGGGACACAGUUCUUUGAAAUUAAGAAGAGCAGACCUCUGACAGGGCUGAUGGACCUGGCCAAGGAAAUGACCAAAGAGGCUCUGCCAAUCAAAUGCCUGGAAGCCGUGAUCCUGGGAAUUUACCUCACCAACAGCAUGCCCACCCUGGAACGCUUCCCCAUUAGCUUCAAGACCUACUUCUCAGGGAACUACUUCCGCCACAUCGUGCUGGGGGUGAACUUCGGGGGCCGCUACGGCGCGCUGGGCAUGAGCCGGCGCGAGGACCUGAUGUACAAGCCGCCGGCCUUCCGCACGCUCAGCGACCUCGUGCUGGACUACGAGGCCGCCUACGGCCGCUGCUGGCACGUGCUCAAGAAGGUGAAGCUGGGCCAGAGCGUGUCGCACGACCCGCACAGCGUGGAGCAGAUCGAGUGGAAGCACUCGGUGCUGGACGUGGAGAGGCUGGGCCGCGACGACUUCCGCAAGGAGCUGGAGCGCCACGCCCGCGACAUGCGGCUCAAGAUUGGCAAAGGGACAGGUCCGCCCUCUCCCACCAAGGACCGGAAGAAGGAUGUUUCCUCCCCGCAGCGGGGCCAGUCCAGCCCCCACCGCAGGAACAGUCGCAGCGAAAGACGGCCCUCAGGUGAGAAGAAGCCUUCGGAGCCCAAAGCCAUGCCAGACCUCAACGGGUACCAGAUCCGGGUGUGAGGCAGGUGCCAGCAGCCCGGGCCUCACCUGCCCCCGGGGGCCAGGAUGCACCUGCUGGAACCGGCUUCCCUGGCAGGGCAGAGAGGCUGGUGAUGGGGCAGGGCGAGCGGCCGCAGGGAGAGUGUGUUCCGGCUUAGCCCCCCAGGCUGCCGCCCAUCCCGCCCAGCUGAGCUCCCUAACUUUGGGCCGAGAGGCAGUUAGUAGUUUAUUUGGAGUUUUAACUCUACAACUGAAGAUUAAGAUAUUUGGGGAAAAUGUAAAACAAAUGAAUCUGCUGAGGGCCCGAAGGCCAGUGUGUAGGAGAUCAAUGUGCCACGGGUCUGGGUGAGGAGGGGUUGCUGGUUCUGCUGGUGCCUCUGCCGCUGGUGUUUCUCUGGGGUUUGGGUGCAUCCUGUCUGUGGGAAAUGUCCCAGCCUUUCCAGGCCUGGGGCGGGGGCUGGGGAAUGGAGAUGUUUCUCCAGUUCUGCCU